AUGGCGCUGCAGAGCCGGCCCGAGGCGCUCCCGGUGGAACUCUCACGCCACCAGAACGGCGACCUUAAGAAGCAGCUCCACGACAGGCCGCGGGUCGCAGCGCUGAACGACAAACAAGCUUUGGUGUCGUCCACUGCAGUGCCUGUGACGGGUCCCCAGGUCAGCUCCUUGCAGAGGCUGGCCGGGCAGGGAGCUGCGGUGCUACCUCAGGUUAGGCCAAAGACUCUGAUUCCAGACAGCCUCCCCGUCACUCCGGGCCGGGACCGACCCCCCAAGCAGCCCCCAACAUUCCAGAAGGCCACUGUGGUCAGUGUCAAGAACCCCAGCCCAGCCCUCCCCACAGCCAACAACACCGUCAGCCAUGGGCCAGCAGCCAGCAGUCAGCCUCAGGCCCGCGCCGAGCCCGCCACCCUCACCUCUCCUCUGAGCAGCGCUGGUGUGGCCUACGCCAUCAUCUCCACCUCCCCCGGCAAUGCCGCCGCCAUUGCCCCCAGCACCACUGUGUCUGUGGUCAAUGACAGCAUCAAAGUCCAGCCCCUCCUCAUCAGUGCCGACAAUAAGGUUAUCAUCAUUCAGCCUCCAGUGCAAACGCAGCCCGAGAGCGCGGAGGAGCUGAGGCCGCCCACGGAGGAACCAUCUCAGGGAGCUCAGGCCACCAGAAAGGAGGAGGACAGGCCCCCCGCGGGCCAGGAGAACCCCGAGAAAAUCGCCUUCAUGGUAGCCCUGGGCCUGGUCACAACGGAACACUUGGAAGAAAUUCAGAGCAAGCGCCAAGAGCGGAAGAGGAGGAGCACGGCCAACCCUGCCUACAGUGGCCUCCUGGAGACUGAGAGGAAACGGCUGGCAUCCAACUAUCUCAACAACCCCCUGUUCCUCACAGCGAGAGCCAAUGAGGAGCCCUGCUGGAAGGGCGAGAUCAUCCAUGAUGAGCUCUGUGGAGUCUGCAGACGCGGGGCCAACCUCCAGCCCUGCGGCACCUGCCCCGGAGCCUACCACCUCAGCUGCCUGGACCCGCCCCUCAAGACCGCGCCCAAGGGCCUCUGGGUGUGCCCCCAGUGCCAGCAGAAGGCCUUAAAGAAGGACGAAGGUGUGCCCUGGACUGGGAUGCUGGCCAUCGUGCACUCCUACGUCACCCACAAGACAGUCAAAGAAGAGGAGAAGCAGAAGCUGCUGCAGAGGGGCAGCACGCUGCAGAACGAGCACCAGCAGCUGGAGGAGAGGGACCGGCGCCUGGCCUCCGCUGUGAAGAAAUGCCUGGAGCUCAAGACGAACCUGCUGGCCCGGCAGAGGGGCACUCAGACCUCCCUGGAGCGGCUGCGGGCCCUGCUCAGACUGAUACAGGGGGAGCAGCUGCUCCAGGUCACCAUGACGACCACCAGCCCCGCCCCGCUGCUGGCCGGGCCCUGGACCAAGCCCUCUGCCGCCGUGCACACUGCCCUCCAGCACCCCCCUGGGCACAACUGACCCCCAGGUACCUGCCUUCACCUCCCACGGAACGCUCCUGGAACCCUGCUUCCAUGCCGGGGUUCUGUCGGCCUUAAUUCAUAACACGAUGAAGUUCAGACCAAGCAAACCAGACAGACGCAGGCAGAGGGGGUGGGCAUGGCCGGGGGUCCCAGAGUAGAGGGGCUAGAUGUCCGUAUGCACUUGUGUGCACUGAGUUCCCCAAAGCCAGGAGAAGCGAGGAAGGGCGGGGUGCGCCUGCUCCCAGAGCUACAUGGGCCGGCCCCAGGCAUGUGGAUUCCAGAUCUGGGGGAUGCCCCGCCACCUCAGGCGAGGGGACCCCCUCCCCAGGGUCACCCUCAAUAGGUGCCCGCCUGGUGUCCGGGUCCAGUCCUGGGCACCCCUUGCACCUCGCCGGACAACCAGGCCCUCUGUCAGUAUUAUUAGGGUGCAUCUGCCUAACUUGAAAGACCAGAGUCCCUGUGGGGGGCCGUUCCUGCACCUGGAGUCUCCCCUCACGUCGGGCACGCCUUCUUCCGCUGGCCAAACUUGGGGGCUCGUUUUUCCCUCAAUGUAGUGUCCUCAAGGAGUUUCAGGGGCCACGUGGAGCCGAGCCCCGCCAGGAGCGGCAGUUGGCUGGUCUCUGGGGGGCGCCGCUUGCACCCGCUCCAGGAGCCCUUGGGGACUCCCCUCCAAGACCCGAGAAGCGGUCUGCUCCACUUUUCUUUCCAGUCCAGACACUAUGCCAAAAAAUACCUUUACAUUUU